UGGGUCCUUCCAACCCGGAAGUGUUGUCACGUGUAGUUGUAAACAGGCACUCGAGCACCGGCAGGCUUGGAAUGUUACAUUAUUCAAUAUUACAGUGAUACCUUUGGAAUAAAUACCGAAAGUAUAUGUGAAGAUGAAAGUAGUCGCUUUAAUAAGUGGAGGCAAAGACAGCUGUUACAACAUGAUGCAGUGUGUGGCUGCUGGGCAUCACAUUGUCGCUCUGGCCAACCUACGCCCUGCACACAAAGAUGAACUGGACAGUUACAUGUACCAAACAGUGGGCCAUCAGGCCAUCGAGCUGUAUGCUGAGGCCAUGGACGUGCCCCUUUACCGACGCACCAUUCAGGGCUCCAGCUUGGACACCGGCAGAGACUAUCGGGAGACGGACGGGGAUGAGGUGGAGGAUCUUUAUCAACUGCUAAGCCUCGUCAAGGAAAAGGAGGGUGUCGACGCAGUAUCUGUGGGGGCCAUUCUCUCUGAUUACCAGAGGGUCCGUGUUGAAAACGUGUGCUUGCGUCUUGGUUUGCAGCCUCUGGCCUACCUGUGGCGGCGAGACCAGGAGUUGCUACUCUCAGAAAUGAUAUCAUCUGACGUCCACGCGAUACUCAUCAAAGUCGCCGCCUUCGGCCUGGAUCCCGACAAGCACCUGGGAAAAUCUCUGGCUGAAAUGGCACCCUACCUGAAACAGCUUUCCCAGAAGUAUGGCGUCCAUAUUUGCGGAGAAGGAGGAGAAUAUGAAACCUUGACCCUAGAUUGCCCCCUCUUCAAAAAGAGGCUCGUCAUCGAUGCAUCCGAGACGGUGAUCCACUCGGCUGAUGCCUUCGCUCCAGUCGGCUAUCUGCGCUUUACCGCCAUGCACACAGUGAGCAAAGCAAGCGAUGUGGUGGCGCGAGCUGUGGCCCGCGCUCGUUGUCCUUGCCAGAAUGCCAUUGACAAGAUGACGGAGGAGGCGGAAUAUGCUGAUGGAGCCGGAGACGACCACCAUCACCAGCGACAAUUUACAUCAGACGCUGACCUUAGUUGUCAGCGAGGCCAUGCACUCCCCGCAGAUAUGCCUCCGUCUUGCUCCUCCAGAACUUCUCGGGGUUAUCAGUGGAUUUCUGGUAUCAACGGGUUGCUAAGCCAAGACCCCGGAAUCCAGGGCCAGACUGCAGCAGCUUUUGUACUCUUGAAAAGUCAGCUGGAUGCCAGAGGCUGGAGCAUGAUGGACAUUGUCCUUGUUCACAUGUAUGUGAGGAACAUGGAGGACUUUGGUCCACUCAAUGGUGUCUAUAAAAACCACUUUGCCACCAACCCUCCUGCCAGGGUAUGUGUCCAGGCCUCGCUGCCUGCUGGCCAUCUGCUGCAGAUGGACUGUCUCCUCCAUAAGUGGACAGAGCCCGCCACGGAGGAUUGCUUUCAUCGGAGAGAAGCGCUGCACGUGCAGAGUCUGUCUCACUGGGCCCCUGCCAACAUAGGGCCCUACAGUCAAGCCCUUAGGGUAGACGAUGCUGUGUUCUGUGCGGGCCAAAUCGCACUGGUCCCCUGCACCAUGCAACUGGUGAAGGCAGGCCCCCGCAUACAGGCCAGCUUGGCUUUUAGCCACGCCCAGAAGGUUCUGGAGGCCACGAUCAGCAGCUUGACCCUGGUCCAUGUUGUCCAGGCCCAUUGUUAUGCCACCAGACGCCAAGACGUCGCCGUCAUCCAGGCUGCGUGGAAGCGCAUGCUGGAAGUGAUGGAUGAUGACCAGGAGUUGUUUAUGGGACCUGACAACAAAGCCCCUCCAUUGGUGGUGGUGGUCGUGCCCGCUUUACCCAAAGGCGCCGCCGUCGAGCUCCACGUCACAGCCGUCCAGGAUGAUCCCAGCCAAAGGACUUCCUGUCACAUGACCGCAACGCUGCAGCACUGCCGCAUUGAGUGCCACACCCUAACAUCUGGCGACCGAAGCUCCGCCUCGCUGUCCCUAAACCUAACCGAGGUCCACCCUGUGGUCAUCGAGGACGUGCGGAAGGUCACGGAUGCAAUCUGCGCUACGUUUGAGAAAGCCCUCAAGAAGACGCGGGCUGAGCUGGUCCCGCUGUGUGCCCGGGUUUUCUACAAGUGCCACCACGUGCUGGCGAAACAAAUCACCGAAGGACUUGAAGAUGCUUUGAAAAACCUCCUCAGCGACUCCGGUCCGUCCGUGGCCCUGGUUCCAGUCCUGGACUUGCCCGAUUCCAACAUCCUCCACCUGUCCUGCUGGCUCAGCUCGUAGAACCAGAACUAGAAUUAGCGAGCCUCCUGCUUGUAGGAUUAAUGGACCUUGUUGCUGCUCUUGCUCAAGUGUUUGUUUUCUAGACCUCUCGUGCUCGCUCUCGUCAUAUUCGUUCCCUUAGUUCCACGUUUUGUAAAUAUAGCAUUUGUUUAGUCAUUUGAGCUUGCUUUUUUUUUUUGUCGUGUUAAUUGGACUCUUUUCAUUUCGUUUGGUAUUUUCAGAUUAAUUAUUUCCUUGCC